GAGCAAGUUCCGCACGCGUCACUUAGCUAGCUGUCCGCAUAUGAUUACCUCUGCGAUUUCCUGUCGUUUCUGAACGAUGUCAGAACGCCCAGCGGGUCUUAGUCUUACUUUCUCUGCUUGUCUUUCGGAAGAAAGGAUGCAUACUUGUGUUUACUGUUAGAUGACGUUCAAAGUUCAAACUCUACAAACUAAUACUUACUCUUCUUUCUAGCACCCAACUGCAUGUUUGAUGCAUACGAUCUUGCUGGGAAGAUCGUUUCAUUGCGUUGUGAAGACUUUUAUACGGCUGUACUGCGUCAGCCGCUUUCACCACACCACGUGCUGUGCACGAUCAACCAACUGCAUGCAGGCGCUAGGCAGUGCGGGAGCAGCGCGACACGAGCACCAAUGAUUUCGAUUUUUCAUUGAAGGCCACUCCGAGAGGGAGACAAAGUGGUUCGAAGCAUCUGCGGUCAAGUUUGGGACAACACAUCACUGGAAGGACAACGCAGAAAGGACCACUUCCGAAACCCUCCACCCGCUUGUCCACCUGACUGCCUGCGCAUCUAUUCCAGCUGUCCGGGAAAAUCUUGAAGGGGGCAGGCUGGAUCGGUUUAUUUCAGUAUUUGCGUACAAGAUCUUCCAACUACUAUACUCCAAUGAGAUUUGCAUGUAGACACGUGGUGGUUGUGCAACGAGCGUGAGUGGUAUCAGACAGUGUGCAGGGCGGUCUACCGGCAGUACCGCGACCCCGUCCGAAGGCCUACUCUCGCAUUCUCAUCACCGCGGGAGAGAAGAUAAACAAGGUGAAAUUCGGCGACAAGCGUCUCAGUCGCGUGUCUGUGUCACUGUGGGUGGGUGGUGUGCGCUGCUUGGUAGGGGUCCGCAAUAGCUGCGAGGUUCCCCCGCAAGUAGCAGUUUAUCAGACAUCGGAUCUUCUUGAAUGUCUCACUCUACUAUGCGCAGCUGGUACCCCGUGUCGGAAGUCCGCUUUCUGCUCCUGGCGUCGUCCGUCGCUCUUGCUGCCCUUCUUCAACUACAACUGUUGUUUGUCGCUACCGUCACAGCUGCACCCCCUGGCCAAUGGUGGAUGUAUGGUAGUUCACAGAGCGUCCGAACACUAAGAGAGCAGUGUAGCGAGUGGAAUUCCUCCUCACUGCCAGAUGACAUUGCAUCCCAGCUGAUCUGCCCACUAUCUGAGAGGACAGUUGAGGAGAUUGAGAAAUCUGCAUACCAAGCUGUGUGGCAGUGCCGUGUCGCCUUUGCCAAGCACAGGUGGAACUGCCCAAACACCACCCUUCCUUUUCUGUCGAGAAAGGCAACCAGAGAGUCGGCAUACCUGAAUGCACUGAUGGCGGCAGCGCUGGCGUCGGGAAUAUCACACGCCUGCCACCGUGGGACAGCGGCCGUACCAUGCAGCUGCUUGGCCGUGCACGAGGACCGGAAAGCGGAGGCCGACGGGGAGCGCGACAACUCCACUGUUGCGGCAAUGCAGGACGACGCCAGGGUGCAGCGCUGGCUCAACGGCAAGUGCAACGACAACAUCGCACAUGCCCGCAAGUUCAGCCAGGACUUCAUGGACCGCCAGGUGGACACAUCGAAGAAGAACGGCGUAUUCGCACUCUACAACUACAAAGUGGGUCGUGAGGUAUUCAACAGCAGAGUGAAGAAGAAGUGCAAAAGUUACGGCGUGUCUGGUUCCUCCACCCUCCACACAUGCUGGUGGCAAGAACCGUCAAUAGAGGAAAUCUCCGCAGAGCUAUAUCACCGCUACGGAAAUGCAAUCAAGACCAAAAUGCACUUCCUGCCCACGAAGCGGCGCCAGUCUAAAACGCUGACGUUUCGCCAGAAGAUCCGCAGCCCCCGGCCAGGCCAGCUGGCGUACCUGCGCUCCUCGCCGAACUACUGCACGGCCGACGCGUCGCGGGGAAUCCCCGGCACGCGGGGCCGCCGCUGCGAGCGCACAUUCAGCACCGAGGUGGGAUCCGGCUCUUGUUACAACCUGUGCUGCGGUGGCGGCAGUCAUGCGGAAACGGUCGAGGAAACGGUGUGCGACUGCCAGAUAAUCUACUGCUGCUACCGCGUCUGCACGAAAAACUGCAGAACUGUGCGUAGGACUAUACGCAAGUGUAAUCAAUUCUGAAACACUAUUUAUUUUCCCGUUAUGCGUCUGCUACCCUGGCAACCUGGCUACUGAUACUGCCUCAAAGGCAGCAGCCAUCGUUCCUCUAUCUGCGGAUCCAUUGUCCCACACCUGAGUGACUGCCUAGCGGAGGCUGUGAUCAAUUUCAAAAUGUCAAGAGUGGAUAUUAUCUAACAAAGUCCACUGACAAACGACGGUGGUGCUAUUCCUAUUUAACCCCAGAGCUCUAUUAACUCACACACUCUAUGGAAGUAUGAUGUGCCAUAGGCAGUCUAUCACGCCGUAGCCAGUCUGCCUGUGAACAGUUGCACGGCUAUCUAUCGUCUUGGUAUCAUGCACACCCACACCUACACCCCCCCCCCCCCCCCCACCACACACACACACCUAGUACAGUGCACACUGCACUCGUACAUGUACCGUCAUUCAACAUUAGAACUGGUCCAACAGGAUUUAUCAAAGCCUUUCAGAACAGUGUCCAGCAUUGGACUACAGUCUACACUGGGACAAUGAUGUACAAGCAUGCAGUAUGAUACCAGAGAUCAC